GCCCGGCUGCCGGCAUUCGUGCCUCCGCCGCCGCCGACACCGCACGCGAUGGCCUCCGCGCCCUGACGCGAACACCGACUCCGCCCGCGCCUAACGUGUGUGCUGUGACUUACUUCCCCAACUACAUAAUACUCGUACAACAACAUGAUUCCGUCAAAAGGCGCCAUGGCUUCGCCUACAUAUAGCUUACUACUGCUUAUCUUCAGCAUCGUUAUCUGCAAUUCAAGUCCCUUGCCGGCGAAUAUCACGAGUGCCGACUUGGGGUUAAAAGAAGGAAGCUGCGCUCUAGGCGACGUGGUGUACAUGCCAGGGGACGAGUUCCCGGGGAGCGGCCCGUGCGAGAAGUGCAGCUGCGCGCACGGCGAGGUGCAGUGCGCCAAGCAGCGCUGCGAGCCGCGGCCGGGCUGCAAGGCGGUGCACCGGCCCGACCACUGCUGCCCCACGUACCAAUGUGAAUGCGAACAAGAAGGUCGCAUCUACGGCAACGGGGAGAAGCUGGUGGACCCUAUGGACCCGUGCCGCGUGUGCUACUGCCAGGGCGGCGAGGUGGUGUGCCGCCGCAUCGCGUGCUUCGUGCGUGACGACUGCCGCCCGCGUCUGGUGCCGGGCCGCUGCUGCCCCGAGUACGACAACUGUCCCGUCAGAGGUGUGACAUCAUUGCCCAGCAUGACUCCAUCAAUGCCGAAUCCAUCAGUGGCUGAUGUCGAAGCGAGCGAUGCGCCUGUGCAGCCUGCUGAACCGGUGAUGCCAGAAUCAAAGAUUACCAUCAAAGAGAUUACGCCCGUCUCCGAAAUCCCUGUUAUAACCAAUGUUAAGAUAAAGGAAAUAUUGCCGUCCCCUAGCAUGGAAGUCGCUGAAUAUUCCUCAUCAAAAUCACCACUUAUUACGAGAGAGGCCACAUCUGAAAAGAGUCCUUCGAGCGUCGAGUCAAAUGAAAGUAUCGAGAAAUCCGAUACUAAAGACGUGUCAUCACUUUCACCAGAAUUGUCCACAACAUCUAACGAGAAAUCUGCUGAAAUUAAAAGAAACGAUGAUCCGUCUCCAUCCAAAAUAAGUCUUUCUACUCAACAAGAUUCAGAAAUUAUUUUCGAACCUAAAAUUCCUAGCAUUAUUCCAAUGAUGGGAGGUCCCUCUGUUGCCGUACACCCGGAGCCCUUGACCACUAAAGCUCCAAUACUUGAAGAAGAGGAUUUGGAUCAUAAUCCUGCGUUUCCACCGAUUCCUGAUGAUUUAUUUUUAGUUAUAGGCAAUCAUGAGGAGGAAACAAUUUCUGAUCAAAAUGUGGAUAGUGAACAUGUGCCAAUAGACCAUGAGGUCAUAAGUGUAUCGAGUGUGCCAAUUUCUACGGAGGAACCAAUUUUUAAGGAAACUAGUGGAUCGACAGUUGGUUAUAUUUCAGAAGCGGUCUUGUUUACAAAAAAUAAUUUACAAGAGAUGUCUUCCGAGACUAGUACUUUAAAGGAUUCUGUCAGCACCGUACAACCAUCUUCAACUUCAAGAGAAAACUCUAUGUUGAACAUGAGAUCAGUGAUCCCGACAGACAUUUUAAAUGCUCCUUCACUAAUCGCCGAUGACGUCACAGGUGACGUGUUCGACGUUACUGAAAGUGCAGUUACAACAGGAACUGUCAGUGAUGAAUCGUCUCCAACAGAGAUGACCGAUACUGAUAUAGCACCUAAAUAUUUAAAUAACGAAAGCCAGUUAAAUAUUGAAGAAAAUAUUUCUGAAUCCAACUAUAAUGUUUCAACGACUUCUGAACCCGUACCAAAAACAUCGGAAAAUAUACAAUCAAUAGAUGAACCCGAUCAAAUGACUAGCACUUUGUCUAAAUCUACAGAAAUAAUAUCAAGGACUGAAUUCAGCUCUAUACCUAUUGAAACUAGUGAUCAAAACCCACGUGAAACUUCAGACAAAGAUAAUAAGGAUAAAAUUACUGUUUCUACACCAGAUUCCUUGGAGGAAUCAACUUCUAUAUCACCAUUUGGAGGUGAUAAGGAUAACACUGAAUCUAAAGUUACACUAUCUGAAAUAGAUAACCAGUCGUUUGAAAACGGAGAGACCACGGAAUUUAUACUGACAUCUUUCGAUUCUCAAGAAAGCACGACAGAAGACGUCGAGUUGAUUAAAGUUUCAUCAGACACUGAUAAAAGCUCAGCUAUAGUUGAGCCUCCUCGGGCUAGAAACAAUAAUGUUUUAACAGAUCUAAUAAACUUAGUAGGCGAUGUCGCAUCCAUCAGCGAUCAUACAACAGGGCCUAAUACCGAACGUCAAAAUUCGAACCCGACUACUAUCUCUGACUCUGAGGAAUUAAUUCCAGUCAACGUUGGUUAUAAAAGUAAAAACAAAAACUGGAACUUGAAUUCUAUCACUGAAGUACCAUUGAAGAAUAAAGUAGCGGUUCCUAUGAUGAAACAGAAAGUAGUAGAGAUCGAGGAGGACUCCGAUACCAUCACCGAUUCACCUCCGCCAUACGACAAGGUCGAACCGACGACAAAAACGCCCAUAAUCGACAACGUUUCAGAUGAUACACCGGAAAAUAAGACAGUAUCGACAGACAGAAAAGACUUUGAAAUAAUAACAAAAUCUUACGUGCCAACAAUCAAUAGGCGGCCAACUAAAGUUGUAAUGAAAAAGAGCAAUGAGAAACCAAUAUCUGAGGACUCUUCCAGUGAAGAUGUCGCUACGUCAACAGAGGUAGCUUCUGAAAGCAAUGCCAGCUCUUUCAACGAAGCCACCAGUGUUUCAGACGUCAGUGCAACCAAUUCAAACACUGAGGAUAAAAUGAAAGAAGAUACAACAGAGUUGCCGAACACCACUCAGUGAGGCUCGCGCGAGCGACUGUCGACGGAACCUCAGCUUCAGCAUUUGUAGUUAUAAAGUUUCGUUCUUGAAACUAUAAGUUACGUAGAGACUAUUAGGUUUAUCGAUUACGAAGACCCUGUCAGUUAAUUUAAUUGUCAAUUGGUAUCCCUGCAGCGUAACGCGGUCGGAUUCAUAUUUAUAAUGUAAGUAGACGCCAGACGAUCGGUUGAAUUUAUUAAUUGUAUUAGCUGGACAAAUUAUUUAUAACAUUCUAGAUGAUAGCGUAUCGCGGGACGAUGUCGAGUGCGAGUCGCUCGACCGCAAUGCGACUAAAGAAGUACUAGCUUUUCGUGUUAGAAUAAGUAAUUUAUUUUAGUGACAGUAACGUGAGUAGAACGAUUGAUAAGUAAGCAACUAAGCUAGUCAUCCUGUGACGAGGCGAGCGGCGCCUUCUCGAACGCCACGUUGCCAUUUCCACUAGCCGCUCGUAAUAGAGCAAGAUCUCAGGACCGCCAGACCGUACUUACUUUAUGAGAAAAAGAAUCUGUGGGAGAGAAUAGUUUUAGUGUAUACUUUUAACGUACGUAUAAAUGCAAGCUGGUGCUGAUAUGGCCAAAUUACAGGUAUCAGCUGCUAAAGGUACGACAGUAAACGCUGAGUGCUGAUUUUUAUGUAUGUAUUUUUACAGAAUAUUAUUAGUAAUAAAAUUAAUAUUCAGUACUGCCAGCUACUUCCUUGUCUCGCCAGACGCCUUAGAGCUCGCAAAAAAAAUAACAUAUUUGAUCAUACUUAUAAUCUGAGUCGUAAUUUUUAUACUUAUUGUGAUACUCAGAUAAUAUACAUAAAAAGCACCGCUGACUUUAAGAAAAGCUGUAUUAUUUUUUAGCGUACCUUUAGCAGCUGAUACCUAUAAAUGAGUCGUCAACACAAGAUAGCAAAUAUGCGUACGUUAAAAGCACAUGCUAACACUACUCUAUCCCACACAUUUUAUUUCUUAGGAAACAAAUAACGUCUGGCAGCACUGGGAUCUCGUACCAUAACUAUAGUGGUGACGAUCACUCCGCAAAGACCUAGUUCCUUUAGGAUGAAGUGAGAUCAUAUCCUUAGUCGACUCUGACGCGGGACCGUUUGGCCCUUCGAACGAAUGUAACAAAGUAGGUUGGUACAAAACGAAUUUGAUAUAAAAUAUUCAACCUUAUGAAUAGUCUUAGUUCAAUUAGUAUACAUGUGAUUGCACAUAGCCUUUAUUUACUGCACUUUUUAUGAUAUUAUAUCGAGAUGAAAGGAAAUUUUGAAGGAAAGCUUUUUAUUCCUGAAAGGCUCAAAUAUGUUGUAAGAGUGUAAAGCAUGCAAAUAUUUUAUGGACAUUUUCUUAACUCCUCUAUAUUGUGUUAGCUAUACAGGGUGUAAUUGGAACGUUAGCAAAAACUUAGCGCUAUUAUAAUACUACCUAAAUACGAUACUAAUAACCAUUUGCCCUACACUUAAACGUUUUAGUGAUUUAUUAUUUUUCAAAUCCGCAAUGUAUAGCGUGUGACAUUUGCACGUCAUCAAUCGGGAUUUGCUCGGGAUCAGUGCCCCGCCUACGACGCGGAUUGACCAACGCAACGUUCGUUGACCUCUAGCGUCAGACGUUUUAUUUGCAAUACAUUGCGGACUUUUUAAAUGUACAGGUUUUUUUGUGGUUUCUUAUCACUUAUCAGUAAUCAUCAGUACCAUCACCUGUGUUCGUUUUUGGUAUCGUACUAAUUACCUCCAGUAUUUCCGUCGUGGCUUCAGUUCGGUCAGGCCAGGUUCGGUUCGCUCCGCUUCACUAAGUUGAGAUCCUGGAUGCUCCUUCUUGCUCCGGAAGACCUUAUCUUUUCCCGGGCAAUAAGCGCAUGUGCUCAUUUAUGUUUUAUUUAAAAGUAUUGUUUUUUUACAAAUAAAACAAAUUAGACUGAAAA